AUGAGUUAUGUUGCGAUCAACCACCGGUUUGGUCUGCCAGAGACAAUCAAAAAGCUGAUCUUUCCGGUUUCUCGCUCAGGCGAGGAUAAAGAGAUCAGAAGAAGAAGCAAUACUAACAUCCCAAUUGAUAUUCUAGAAUCUCCCAAAGAGUGCAUCUUCUACAUCGACAUACCAUGAAUCUCCAAAUUUGAUAUCCAAGUGACUGUGGAGGACGAGAUGACAAUAGUGAUAAAGAGCAACAUGAAGAGGAAGAGAGAGGAUUGUGAUGAUAGAGAACAAGAAUGCAAAUACAUUAGGCUCGAGAGGAGACUUCCUCAGAAUCUCGUGAAGAAGUUCCGUUUACCUGAAGAUGCUGAUGGGGUUCUGACAGUUACAGUUGAGAAGGUGCGGCCGCAGCCACCAAAGCCUAAGACUCUACAAAUUGUGAUUUCUUGA